ACGUGUCUCACCGCAAAAUAUUUAGCUAUGGAGGCCCUGCAGGAAGAUCAGGAGGGUGGAGGUGAUGGUCUCUUGGCGCCUCCGACAGAGUAUCGGCGCAUGCUGUCGUGGCAGUUGUCUCAACUGCAGCCAGCUCCAGUCACGAGCACACGGAGGGCGCAGAAGGAGCGAGAGAGACGGAGAAAACGCUCGAGUAACGCCGAGGGGGACGACAUUCAGUCCAGCGGGGACAUAGCAGGGGAGGAGGAGGAGGAGGACGCAGAAGAACCCGGAGAGGAGGGAGGUUUUGCCUAUCUGGUGGUCAACAGCGAUGGAGAAGAGGAAUGCUACUAUUCCGCACCAGAAUCGCCACCUGUCUCUGAAGAUGAUGUUUUCAUGUGUUGCUGUCGCUUGCUGACAGGAGGGGGAGGGGAGGAGGAAGGAGGGGAAGAGGAGGUGUGUCUCCCACCUCAGGAGAGGAAGAGGGGAGGGAGGAGCAAGAAGGCAAGGAAGAAGUUCCGCAGUGUCACGAGGCUAGCUGAGGUGGAGUUCUUUGGUCCUCUGUGUGACCUGGUGGAGGGGAGUCUGGAGGUGGAUGUGGGAGGCAUGGAGGUGGCUGACAGGGUGGACGUACCCUCUCUGGCCGAGCUGUGUGUUCGCAGCAUCCACAGAGCCAGACUUCGACUAAAGAGCUCCCCUGACCCGCAGUCAGAGGAUGAGCCACCACUCCACCUCCCCUACCUCAUCACCGCCCUGGUGGGUGCCCACAGAGCCCAGCGAUCUCUGGUGGGCCUCCAGGUCCGCUGGCUCGAGAGGUUCCUUGCUGCCUGGGAGACAGAGUCGGGCAACCCCGACAGAGUCUCCUGCUCUGAAACAUUCGACGACCUUUCACCUCCACUGGCUUUCUGCCCUCGACUGCUGUGGGACACCUCCAAUGUGGGGAUCGCCCCAGACCCCUUCAGGGGACCGCACCUCCCUCUGCUCCCCGUAUCUCCUACCAACAUGGGCGUCGCCAUGCCGCGGGACGGUCGGAACGAGAUGACCAUGAUCACCUGUCUGGAGUUCAGCCGACACGUCUCGUCUCUCGUCCAUUUUGCCAACUUCCUCUACCCUCUGUUUCCGUUGCGAGGGCCCGGUCGCCAAGGGAACGAGGAUCAAUCUCUCUCUCCGUCUCAGACCUCAGCCAUUGCCCGGGUUAACAGCUUCCUCUCUUCACGGUACAAAGUGCUCUUUAAGGACCACGGCGAGUUCCUGAAGCUGUGGCCAGGCUACGUCUACUGGGCCAGAGGACAGGUGAAGCUAGCUCUCUCUGCCUUCUCCACCGCUCUCAACUCUCUCAAAUAUGGCAUUGACCGAGCCAUAGCUCUGAACGAGAUGGGGAGGAUGAUGCUCAUGUUUGGCGACCGCUACAGUGCCGCUCUCUUCUUCACCAAGAGUCUAGAGGUUGAUCCUCCCACCAACCAAUUCAAGUUCUUCAAGCCUUCAAAAGAAGCGGUUCAACCUCACGUGCUAAGUCUCCAAGCCUCUGCAUGGGACUGUGGUCUCCUGACGAGAGGAUCAGCGAGGCAGGCAGCAGGGGCGUGGUCUCGUGUCCUCACAUCAUCCGCUGACCUCGUGGGCUCCUGGUACCUCAGCCUGGCUGCUGUGGAGUCCCGUAUGAUGAUCCACUCUGGGGUCCCCGUGGGCUCGCACCCUGCCUCUCCACUCUCUACUAACACUGUUACCUUCUGUUCCGGGAGUGGUCCGAGGACUCUGGUUUUCCCGGCGAUCCGUUCUCCACACAGACCAACCGGAGACUCCUCAACCCCUGGCUGCCGCUGUCGUAACAUGCUCAACGAACAGGGGCUCCCCCAUGCUCCCAUAAUGAAACUGAAAUGGAGGACUCGCCUACUGUACCCCAUGUAUCCUUAUUCCAAGAGUGAAGAAGUGAACUACCUGGCUGACCACUGCUCCUCGGCCGUGAACCUUCGUCUGUCAGAGUCGGGCCACAUCACAGCUGAUCUACACAUGGACUUCCCUCCCAUGAGAUCUGUUCUUCUAGACCCCUACUCUGGAUCAGUGUGUUUCUCUCGCUCCGCCUCUCUCCACCAUCAUCUCUCCGGUCCAGUGGGAAACAUGGGACAGAACGAGUUCAUCGUCCCUGACGAGAUGGCAAUGCCAUGGCCGCUGAGGCUCCUGGAACUGGGUGAUGGAGCUGGAGUGGAACUGGUCAUGUCAGGCUGUGUGGACCCUGAGAUGUGUCACUACUCUGACACGGAGCCCUGCAAGACCAACCACAGCCUUCUCCUCCGCUGGUACUGUGGGUCCCAGCACUGCCAGCUGGACCUACGACUAGCCAUCAGGAGACACCUCAAGGAGGCUGUGCUGGAGUUUUUUCAAGAGUCCAUAAAGCAGGUAGAGAAGGAAGAACAGGCUCUGUUGGCUAACGUGAAGGAAGACGACGCUACCGCUCAGCAAAAGCUGCACACCCUUCAAAUGAAGAGAGAGGACCUUGCUAAGAGGGCGGAGCUGGUGACCCCAAUGAUGGAGAGAGGCUUCUCUUUCUCGGUGGAGGAUAUUUGUGGCAGGGCAGUUAAAGUUCCCUCCAAGUACAUUGUCAAUAAGAGAACUGGAAAGUCCCGGCAAAUAAAUAGGUCCCCCGGAGAGCGGAAACCCCGCAGAAAGAGAGAUACCAAUGUGACGGAAUUUAACCUGACUCUCACUGAAUAUUUUGUGUACGGAGAGGCCACACUCACACUGUUUUUCAUGGCGACCCCACGCUUCGGUAACAAAUCAACAAACCAGUUUUAUCGCCAGACGUUGGUGGUGAUCAACUGUAAGAGUCGGGAGUCUUUCCUACAACCUGUGAUCCACUGUGCCGCAGACGCUCGCGGUUUUCUCAACGUGUACCCCUCCAACGAGGUGGCCACUCUCUACCCAUCACGACACCUCCCACACAUCAGCCACCUGGCAGUGUUUAAACAUGAUCAGAGACUGCAGACCUGCACUCGGCUCCUGCUGGACCAGAGUGGUCAAGUGGUGUACCGUCAAGAGCUUGACAAUGUGUCGUCGUUUUACGAGAGGAGGGGUGGGUUUGGUUUGUUUGUUAUCCCCGAGCACGUCUACAAGUUCAAGUUCUCACUGGGAGACAGGGUGUUCAUGUGGAGCAGAAGUAAGGGCGUCUGUAGCUACAAUCUGAAGAUGAAGGAUCGUGUGAUGGUUGAUGCAUCUGUGACCACUGGUAGUUUGAAGCUGUUGAAAGUGGAUCAUGGAAAGAAAGUGGACCAGGAAACCAAUGGGUCUCCACAUGAACACCAUUUCCUAGCAAGAGGCUCCACGCUGUGUGUCGUGUCCGUGUUCAGUGUGGAGGGUUGUGAGAGAGAGCUCUGCCUGGCUGGAGGAGACGUGAAUGACGGUGGAGAGAGGGAGGGAGGGGAAGAGGGGGAGGGAAGUGAGAGAGGGGAAGAGGGGGAGGGAGGGGAGGGAGAGGGAGAAGAGGAGCAGACAACUGAGGAGAGGAGGGAAGAGUUGGGCAGACUGGACUUUGGUUCCUGUUGUGUGGCACUCACCCUCAAUAGCAGAUUGCUGGUGCUCCAAAUACCUCACAAAAGUGAGGUUGUGCGUGUGCUGAUUGACGUGGUGUUACCAGGGAGAGUGACAGAGUUCCACGACAUGGGUGGUAGUCUAGGGUACAUGGUGAGUGCGACUCUGUUCCCAGACUGCUUCAGAGAGGAACUCUACUGGCUGUCUCCCUCAGGGAAGCUGCGAGGGAUGCUGCCAUGUCUCGGAGCCGGUCGUCACAGUUUCCUCUCGCUCACCCUCCCACCUCCUCCCACCCCCUCACAGGGCACCCAGGGCACGAGAGAGGAAGAGAGGGAGGGGGAGGAGGGCGGGGGACAGUGUCUGUUCUUCAAUGAUGGUCAGGGUGGGAUCUGCUGCCUUCAACUGGACACUUGA